GAAUCAUAAAAAGAGAAAGCUUCAACUUUCUGUCUUUCCAUUCCUAUCGUUUCAUCCCCUUUCUAUUGUACUUAAACAAUUCCCAUUGUGUUCUUCUACCACAUUACUUACAUCUUUAUGAGGACAUAUUCAGGAGAACAAGCCCUACAAGAAAGAUAUAUCAACUUUUCUUUGUUCUUACUCUAGAAUCAGUUACCAAUGUUUCUAAAAACCUCCAUUUCCUCUACCAAAAAGCUCUUCCAAAAAACCCUAGAUAGUGUCAAAUCCUUUUUCGCCGGUGGAUACCAAAAGCUUCCACAAAGCCCUCCAUGCAGUCCCCUAUUUCUUUGUGCUGGCGGAGCCGAUACCAAUGUCAGCCGAAGCUACACAGAGCUGGAAAAAUAUUAUACCGACUUCAGUGCCCAUUGGGAUUACGGAAAGGACAAACCCAAGAGGAAAAGCAAGAAUAAAAUAAUAUCUCCAUCAGCAAUUAUCUCAAGGAAAGAAGACGACGUUCACCAAAAGAUCGUUAGGUUCACCAAAGUGAGCCCAAGAAAGAGUAAUUAUCAGGUUUUGGAAAAAGAACGUCAAGAUCAUGAUAGUUGUCAAGUUCUUGGCUCAAAUGAUGAUUUAAAGAGGAAGAAGAUUAUGUAUGAAGGAAAGAAGAAAUGCCACGAAUUUCCGAGUCCAGGAGAUGACUUAAGAGAGGAAAGGAGUUAUUUGGUGGCUCAAAAGCUAAAGGAAUUGAAAAUGUUAGAGAAGAAUAACGAAGAGCACGGUUGGGAUAUUGAAGAAGUUCUUUAUUACUACUCGCGUCUCACUUGCCCGACUUAUGUUGAAAUUGUUGACAAGUUUUUCAUGGAAAUGUACUCUGAACUUUUCAACCAGCAAGCGUCUUCUUUUGGGUAUAUUAAUCAUAAUAUGAGCCUCCAAAGAGUUAACUUGUAUUAACUAGCUGCGUGAUAUCUUCUUCUGUUUCUUCUUUUGUUGAUUUUCUAGUGAUCAUCUGGAAAAUAACACGAAUACUUAGCUUGUCCAUUA